UCCAGAGCAGUCUGUCCAGCGCCAUGAAACUUCUGUUGCUCCUGGGGUUCUUGCUGGCGAACCUGGAGUCUGUGAUUUUGAUCCCACCUUGGAAAGGCCGAAAGGAACAGAAGCAGGUGGCAAAUGGACACACAGUGACACUGACUGUCAGCGGGGAGCCCUGCCAUUUCCCUUUCAAGUACCUUCAGAAGCUCUACUACCACUGUACCCAGAGGGGCUGGCCUGGCUCCCGGCCAUGGUGUGCUACCACCCCCAACUUCGAUCAAGACCAGCGAUGGGGGUAUUGCCUGGAGCCCAAGAAAGGGAAAGGUCACACUGGAGACCACUGCAGCAAACACAACCUGUGCCAGAACGGGGGCACCUGUGUGAACACGGCCCGUGGUCCGUACUGUGUCUGUUCAGAGAACUUCACUGGAGAGCACUGUCAGAGAGAAAAGUGCUUUGAGCCUCAGCUUCUCCGAUUCUUCCAUGAGAAUGAAACCUGGUACCGGGCUGAGCAGGCCGGUGGAGUCAGAUGCCAAUGCCAGGGCCCCCGGGUCCAAUGCCAGUUGUUGACCAGCCAAGUCUGUGGGACCAACCCAUGUCUUAAUGGGGGAGACUGCCUGCAGGUGGAGAACUACCCGCUGUGUCGCUGCCCCAAGGGCUAUUCUGGAACGUUCUGUGAAGUAGAUCUCACCGCCAGCUGCCACGAAGGCCGCGGUCUCGGCUACCGCGGCAGGGUGGGGAUCACGCGAUCGGGCGCUCGCUGCGCGUCGUGGACCUCGGAGACCAGUUACCGCCACGUGGGCGCCGAGCAGGCGCGGGCCUGGGGCCUGGGGGAGCACGCCUUCUGCAGGAACCCCGACAACGACACCGGCCCGUGGUGCUUCACGUGGAGAGGCGGCCACAUCAGCUGGGAAUACUGCGCGGUGCCCCGGUGCCCGCCCCCUGCUCUCGCUCCUGCAGCAGCCUCGCCCGCCUCGGCCCAGCCCUCGACCCCGGCCUCGACCCCGGCCCCGGCCCCGGGCUCCGGGCUGCGCCAGGUGGAGCCCCAGGACUGCGGCCGGCGGCUGAAGAAGCGGCUGUGGUCGUCGCUGUCGCUGCGGCGAGUCGUCGGGGGGCUGGUGGCGCUGCCCGGGGCGCACCCCCACAUCGCGGCGCUGUACUGGGCCGACGGCUUCUGCGCCGGCAGCCUAGUGGCGCCCUGCUGGGUGCUGACCGCGGCCCACUGCCUGCACAAGCGGCCGGCGCCCGCGGAGCUGACGGUGGUGCUGGGCCAGGAACGCUACAACCAAAGCUGCGAGCACUGCCAGGUGCUGGCCGUGCGCACCUACCGCCUGCACGAAGGCUUCUCCCCCGACACCUACCAGCACGACUUGGCCUUGCUGCGUCUGCAGGAACGCGCGGACGGCAGCUGCGCGCUCGCGUCGCCCUUCGUGCAGCCCGUGUGCUUGCCCCGGGGCCCCGCCCUGCACCCCCAAGACGCCAGCCAGGUCUGCGAGGUGGCUGGUUGGGGCCACCAGUUCGAAGGAGCGGAGGAAUAUUCCAUCUUCCUUCAGGAGGCUGAGGUGCCCCUGAUCCACGCUGAGCGCUGCUCCGACUCAGAAGUACACGGAUCCGCUUUUCUGGAUGGCAUGCUGUGCGCCGGCUUUCUGGAGGGUGGCACUGACGCGUGUCAGGGGGACUCUGGGGGUCCGUUGGUGUGUGAGGACCAGGACGCAGAAGGACAGCUCAUCCUUCGCGGAGUGGUCAGCUGGGGCUCUGGGUGUGGCGACCGCAACAAGCCAGGUGUCUACACCGAUGUGGCCUACUACCUGCCGUGGAUUCACAAGCAUAUGGCUUCCUGAUUUCGCCCAAGGAUGCCUCUUUCACUCCUGGACGAGACCAGGGGACGGGGCAAAGGACUUUUCUGGAAGCGUCACAUAGGGGGUGGACGCAGUAAGAACAGGUAGGGCCCUUGCCUUGCAGGCAGCCCAACUCGGCGCCAUUCUCUGUGGUUCCCAGAGCACUACCAGGAAUGUCCUCUAAUCUCAUAAACAGGAGUGACCCCUAAGAACUUCCAGGUAUUACUCAGAAACAAAUAAAUGAAUUAGUUUUGGGUUUUGUUU